GCGUAGCCUAAGGACGCGCGCUCCUGUGUGUGAUGAUCAUGUUGAGCCGCCCCGGGCCCCGGUGACGCGCGCGGCGUGCUACUCCACCAUCACUGUGUCACCACUUACUUCACUCUCAAUUAGUGUCAUAAUUGUUCUGCGUUAUUUGAAUCAUGGCUUCAAGCUUCUUUUCGUUAGUGAAAGAGGAACCCGAUGUUGGGCAUGAUAUGGAAACUACGCCCGUGGCAUUGCCGCCCACCAGUGUGGGUAUGAGCGGCCACACACCCCCAGGUGGUGGUGGUCGGCACGUGGGCGGACCGCCUCUGCAGGCGGGGAUGCCCCUCACGCCCGUGACACCCACCACCCACCAACCCCCACCUCUCCGCCGCCUCGAGAUUGACCCAAACUUUGAGCCCGUGGCCCGUUCCCGCUCUAACACGUGGCCGCUGCCGUGCCCUGAGGGGUACAUGGAGGGCGAGGAGCCCGUAGCGGUAGCUGCCGAGGGCCCUGUCCCUGUGGACCAGAUCCGACCCCCGGGCACCAUAGGCGGACCGGGCGACCCCUCGGGCGGUCCUCCCAAGAAGAACACUUCCCGCCGCAACCCUUGGGGCAACAUGUCUUACGCCGACCUCAUCGCCCAGGCCAUCAUGUCAUCGCCUGAGGGACGCGCCACGCUAUCCCAGAUCUACGACUGGAUGGUGCAGAACGUGCCAUACUUCAAGGACAAGGGCGACUCCAACUCCUCUGCCGGCUGGAAGGUAGGCAGCAGGAAGAGCGUGGCGGCGGCCUAG